AUGGCCCCUCUUGAAAAGAAGUGGGAUGACUCUGCCGAGCGUGACCUCUGCGUCGCCAUCAUCAUGGGUAGCCAAGAUGGCACCAAGAGGAGCUACAACUGGCCUCGCGUCGAGGAGAUCAUGACCAGCCUCGGUCACGCCUUUACCAAGGACGCAAUGUCCCAGCACUUCAGCAAGACCAUCUUGAAAGAGUUCCGUGCUCGCCACCCCGAAGGCGACAUCACCGCAACUCCUCCCGCCAGCGCCACCAAGCCCAAGACCCCUCGCAAGUCCGCUACUCCUUCCAAGAAGCGAACCAAGAAGGCCGCCAAGGGCCAGGUGCCAGACGAAGACCAAGAGGACGACGACCUCGAGGCCACUCCAAGCAAAAAGGCCAAGAAGGAAGACAAGGCUGCCACCAUGAAGAAGGAAGAGCCUGAUUCUCAGAGCGGUGGCGACGAGGACGACGAGAAAUUCAAGGCCUGGGCUGCCGAGGGCUCUGACGCCAAGCCUUGA